AUGCCUUGGCGCCAUAGAUUUGAAUACUCGCCCCCGUCGACGACCAAGGAGGAGCCCAUUCUCGCUGACAAUCCACAGCGCUUCUGUAUGUUCCCGAUUCGCUACCCCAGGAUGUGGGAGAUGUACAUAAAGGCCAAGGCGAGCUUCUCGACUGCUGAUCUCUCCCAGGAUGCCAAGCACUGGGAGUCUCUCACCGAACGAAAAUCAUUUCAUGAGCCAUGUUUUGGCCUUCUUCGCCGCCUCGUCUUGGAGAAUCUGAGAUCGAGAUCCCGGAGUGAUCUUGAAGCUUACAUCUACAUUGACGGCUUUUGCUUUUGAUUUGAGGCCAAUCUCGGCUUGGCUUGGCUUUUGCUCUUGAUUCUACCAUUUGCUCCGCCCUCCUCUUCUGUUUAGUAGAACAGCCAACCUGUUGGAGAUGCGCUCUGGUGAACAAUUGUUGUGAGAUCAAUUUGGCUUUGCUCUUCUGAA